AUGGAAACGUCAGGUAAUAAUCAUCAUAUACUGACAAGAUGGACCAGAAUAAGGAAAAGACCCCAACAACCAUUGACAGAUUUAACAGAAUUAUAUUCAAGAGUUGCAAAUGAAUCCAUUUAUUAUUUGAAAUUAGAAGAUCGAAAUUGUCUCAAGAAAUCCUUGCAAGGUUGGAAGGCACUCUCAACAGAGACUCUUUUCAAACUGACUUUAAUUGAAAAUUCACAUCCAAAUUUUACUUCAUAUACUAGAGAUGAAUCAAGUUUACAAAUAGGUAUAAAAGAAUUGUAUCAGAAAAGUUUGAAUCAUAUAGAAAGAUUACAAAAGUUAAUAAAAAAAGAGGAGGAGGAUAUCAAAGGGAAUCGCGAUAGUAUCGAUGCCAAUAAGAAACAUUUAACUACUUCAUCAUUUACUAGAAGUCGAAGGAAACAUUUCCCCUCACAAGCAUCGUCAACAACACCUUCGGGAAUCUACUACUCGAAGAAAAUGGUCACAACGUUAAGAAACAAUAGCAAUGACAAUCAUAGAGAACAUCAUUUGAAUACGAAUAUCUUAAAACAGAACAAUUCAUCUCCUUCUAUAACCCAUGUUCAUUAUCCAAACAUUUCGUCGCAGCCAGCAUCAAGACCAAUAUACCACUCUGCAUCAUCCACCUCUUCUAACAGUUUUAACUUGAAAUCAAAAGUAAAUUUUACGUCAUCAAAGCCGUUGAAUUUUUAUGACGAUAAUGGUACUACUAAUACUAAUAAGUUCAGAAAAAAUAAAGAUAUUCCUAAAGAGCAAAUGGAACAAGAAGGUGCCAAAACUGAUAUAAUAUUCAAAGAUUUCGAUGAUGUAGUAGAUACUACUGUCUGUACUGAUAAUGAUAAUAAUAAUAAUAACAACAAUAAUAAUAACGACGACCAAGAUACAACGAUAUCAACAAACAAAAGCGUACCGGAAUUCGAUCUGGAAGAUUAUUUCGAUUCCUAUUUAGAUUCAGAUGAAGAUAAACCAGAUGAUGAGGACACUUCUGACAUGAUUCGUAGCAAAACAUUAUCAAGUUUAUCGAAAUGUAGUUCUAAUACUUCAUCAAACUCGUCAUAUCCGUCUGUGAUCCCUCCAUUACCACCUUCUCUUCCGCCGUUACCACCACCAUCUUCAAUUGAGUCAUCAUUGAAAAAGCCCAUCUCUACCACGCAAAUAACGAAAAACUUAAAAGCAUUUAAUUCAUCUCCUGAAAUUCAAUUUCGUUCCUCGACUAAAGAUAAUCUUUCGCAUCGUAAGGCAGUUCCAUCGUCAUCAAAUUCACCUUCACCGACUCAUUCAUUGUUAUUAGCAAGAAACAGUGAUCUUACUUCUAAUAAACAGGAAUCAAAACUACUACAUCCAUCGUCGUCAUAUUCAUCAGCAUCAAAGAAAACAAUUUCUUCAGUAAGUCAACAACAACUUCGACCAAUAACACAAGCAGCUACAAAAGCCACAAAAGCCACAAAAGCCACAAAAAAAAGUUCUUCUACAUAUAAUAAAAAACCAUCAUCAUCAUCAAGCCAUAAUAACUUGCAAUCAAAUAUUCCAAAUAAAGUAUCAAAUAUUCAUCAUAAGAAAGUCAUUUCUAAUUCUCUCACAAAUAAACGUAAAAUAAAAUCACAAGUAAGUUCCGCAAAAUACACUACACAACAACAACAACAACAACAACAACAACAACAAUCUAAAACAAAAGCAUUGAAAUUACAAGAAAAUAUCAAUGGGAAAACAAAAAUGAAACUUAAAACGAAUGUACCAUCAACACUGACGAACCGUCCAAAAACAAAAUCGACAACAAAUAUAAAAAAGAUGCCCCAGGAAAAGAAAUUCACCUCAGCAGCAACUCCUUCAUCAUCAUUAUCAUCAUCAUCAUUAUCACCUCCUCCUCAUCCUCCACCUAUUGAACUAACACCGACACCACAAACAACAAUAGAACCUCCGCCAGAAGAAACAAAAAUAUUAGAGGAAAAGUUCAUAAACUCACUAACAGGUGUUGAUAAACAAGCAGCCAAACAAAUUCUUUCAGAAAUUGUUGUCCAUGGAGAUCAAGUCCAUUGGGAUGAUAUAGCUGGACUUGAAUCAGCUAAGAAUUCAUUAAAGGAAGCAGUAGUAUAUCCAUUCUUACGACCAGAUUUAUUCCGUGGAUUAAGAGAACCUAUCCGUGGUAUGCUUUUAUUUGGUCCACCGGGGACAGGGAAAACUAUGUUAGCUAGAGCCGUCGCAUGUGAAUCUCAUUCCACUUUCUUCUCAAUUAGUGCAUCUAGUUUGACUUCUAAAUAUUUAGGUGAAAGCGAAAAAUUAGUUAGAGCUUUAUUUGUCAUUGCGAAAAAAUUAUCACCUUCAAUUGUUUUCGUUGAUGAAAUUGAUUCUAUUAUGGGAUCUAGAAAUAAUGAAAAUGAAAAUGAAUCGAGUAGAAGGAUAAAAAAUGAAUUCUUAGUUCAGUGGUCUUCAUUAUCUUCUGCUGCAAUUUCAAAAGACACCGGAAAGAACGAUAUUAUAACAUCAUCCCCGGGCAGGGAAGAACAUAAAGAAGAAGAUAAUAGAGUACUGGUAUUAGCUGCAACUAAUUUACCAUGGUGUAUUGAUGAAGCAGCAAGAAGAAGAUUCGUAAGAAGACAAUAUAUUCCUUUACCAGAAGAAGCAACAAGAAUUGUUCAGUUCAAAAGAUUAUUGGCUCACCAAAAAAAUACAUUAACUGAAGAUGAUUUUAAUGAACUAAUUAAAUUGACCGAGGGAUUUUCUGGUAGUGAUAUCACUGCAUUAGCCAAAGAUGCUGCAAUGGGACCUUUGAGAGAAUUAGGUGAUAAAUUAUUAGAUACCGCAAGAGAUAACAUUCGAUCAAUUGAUUUAAAUGACUUUAAAAAUAGUUUAGCAUAUAUCAAACCAUCCGUUUCAAAAGAAAGUCUGAUUGAAUACGAAGAAUGGGCAGCCAAAUUUGGCUCAUCGGGCGCAUAA